UUAAAGAAAGGUAACUGUGAACUAAUAUACGAGCGACAAAAUACAUACAUUACAGGCCUUGAGUAGAUUUAUAACAUGCUAUUUAUAGACGUUUUCCAUGAAAGGAAGUUAAAUCUAGGGCAAACACCUGAAGGUCAUACCUGGUUUCGUAAAAUUUAAGAAAAGGAUAUUUUAUAAUUAAUUUUAUUGAGAAAUUUUACUUUAAACAUUAAACAAUUGAAAAGUUUUUACUGAGACGUUAUAUCUGACAUCACAAGAGAAAUGGCCGUAUCAGGACGUAAACAAGUAGACUUGCUAAGAUCAUUAGCAGCAGGAUCAGAAGAAGACUUUGAUCACUGUUGUGAGCCGUGCCUUACCACAGGUCAACGUAUAGAAGCUCACGGAUUUUGUGGCAUAUGUCAGGAAUACCUUUGUAGUACCUGCCUAGAUUGUCACAAAAAGGCAAAAAUGUCUAAGACUCACAAUAUACUAAGUAAAGAUGAAUUAGAUAAGUCCCAUACAAAGCAGCAAUCAUACAACGAAUGUACAGAAUUAUGUUCAGCUCAUAAAAAAGAAGUUAUAAAAUUUUAUUGCCUCUCCCACAAAGAGCUCGGGUGCAAUGAUUGCAUGACUUUACGCCACCGAACGUGUAAAAUUGAGUACAUACCUGAUAAAUGCAGAGGCAUUGCAGAUGGCAAGGAAUUCGAUAACGUCAUGCAAAAACUCAGCGGAAAACUUAAAGAAGCAGAAAAAAUCUCUCAAAUGGCUAAAGAAAGAAGUAAUGAUAUAAAUGAAUGCAAUAAAGAAAUAAUCAAAGCAAUAACAGAAUUCCGAAAAGAAAUAAAUGACCGCCUUGAUCAGAUGCAACAAUAUGUUUCAACAACAGCUGAAGGUAUAAAGACAAAGAAUAUUAAAAUCGUUCAGAAGGUCCUUGAAGAAUGUGCAAGUAUGAUUUCUGAUAUAAAAAGUCUGCAAUCAAAACUUAAUGUAAACAAAUCAAAUCAUCAGAAUAGUCAACUCUUCAUUGACAUGAAACGGGCUGAGUCUUCACUGAAAUCAAAUGAAUUAAAUGAUGCAGAAAAAUCUUUGAUAAAUACUAAUAUGCACUACUCAUUUGAGCGGAAUUCUGACCUUGAAUCAUUGUUAUCGAAAACAAGGGUCUUUGGUGAGAUUGUCAGUCAUUCUUGUUAUGAACCGCCAAAUAAGAUGAAAUCUGUUGAUCGUCUGAUUCGGAAAGAAGAAAUCAACGUUAAAACUUCAUCAGAUAAAACGGAAUGUUGUAUUACAGGAUGUGCAGUUCUUAACACAAAUAAACUAGUUCAAGCUGAUAACUUCAACGAUAAGAUAAAAUUGGUAUCUAUAGAGAACAGACGUGUACAAGAAGAGAAAGCUCUUGACUCAAAUCCAUUUGAUAUUGUUGUUAUGUCUCAGGAUCAGUUCGCAGUAACAAUGCCGUUCAACCAAGAAAUAGUUGUUAUUACAACAUAUGACAAGUUAUCAUGUGUCCGCAGUAUUAAAGUGAAUAGGACAUGCUAUGGUAUAGACUAUAAUCAGGAUUGUUUUUAUGUUGCAUGUUUGUCUCCUUCUAGUGUGAUUGUACUGAAUACACAAGGUGAUAUCCUGAAUAACAUCCCUUUGACCUUUCUGUCAGGCUAUGUCCCGUAUAUUGCUGUGAGCAAGGAUUCCAAACUUCUGUAUAUCAGUGAUUUUGGUAACAACAGUGUAGUGAGUGUAGCAUUACAAGGGGAAGUUACAGCUACAUAUAAACAUACAGAUCUUAGAGGACCCUUGGGAAUGCUGAUGUUAGAUGACGGGUCAUUUCUUAUCUGCAGUUUUGAUAAUGGAACAAUUCAUAAAGUCAACGGAAAAUUGAAACAAGGAAAUAUAAUGUGUAAAGGUGUAAAGUAUCCCAGGUCAAUAUGCUACAGUGCCCACCAUGAUGAAGUCUUGUUGGUAGAUAUGAUAACAAAAUGAAUGUGUUUGGCACAAAAUAAAAAAAUAAAGAUACUUUUUGAUUUAAAACUCGAUGAUAACUGAUUGCAAUUCAUGGUUAAAUGUCAUUUAAAAUUAAUUUUAUUUUUACCUUUUCACCUU